AUGGCUUCCAUCGAUGUUCUUGAGUCAUUCGAGGCAACCCACCCGGACAUCCGCCUUCUUCGACCAGAAGACGAGGGAUGGGCUACGCGCCGUGAGACAAGAGGACGUGCUGGACAGGAGUUGAAGCCUCUUGGGACCUCGUCCAGUGUGGACUUUACCGUCCGAUCCGGCGGGAACGACUUCUACGGUCGUUAUGUUGUUGAUGACGGACUCAUCAUUGACGUGCGCGAACUAAACAACGUCGCUAUUUCCGAUGACAGACAGACCGCGUCAAUUGGCGGUGGAGUUACGGCCAGAAGCUUGGCAAGCCAACUCGAAGAUGAUGGCUACAUCUGCCCAGUCGGUAACACUGGUGAAAUAGGAUACGUGGGCUGGGCCACAUUGGGAGGAUAUGGCCCUCUGACAAAUAAGCUCGGCAUGGGUUAUGAGGGCAUUGUCGGUGCUGAAGUGGUGAACGCAAGAGGCGAGAUUGUGCAGGCUGGUGAGGAGAUGCUCGAGGGCAUCAGGGGGAUGGGCGGCAACCUGGGCGUCAUCACGAAGCUGAUCAUCCGGAUCUAUCCCAAGUUCCAACUUCUAUCCGGUAUGGUCAUGUUUGAGGCGAACCCAGAAAAUGUCCACGCCAUCGUGGAGGCUGAGGCUGAGCUGGAGGUUCCCAAGGAGGCAACAAUGCAUUACUUCAUCAUCGACGCGGGUGGCCGAUCGGUGGCAAUGUCGUUCACCUGGGCGAGCGACAAUCAUGAGAAGGGCAAGGAGUUUCUUGACCGCUUGCUCACACGACUUCCCCCACCCAAGAUGAAUAUGGUCGCGUCGAAGAGCCUGGUGGGAUACUUCGACUCCGUGAGGCCCCCUUGCCUGCCAUGGGGUUGCCAGCGCUCCAUUUAUGUCAAGGAGCUGUCGACAGGCUUGAUCAACAUCUUGAUGGACAGUUUGAAGGUCAUCCCACCGCAGGUCAACAUUGCUUGGUCAAUGACGAUCCAAGCCCAGCGCGCUCAAUCACCGCCCAACUGCUUUGGGGCCGCAACACACAUGCUACUUUCCUUCUCCGACAUGACAUCUAGCGAGGACGCCCUGGCAGCAGCAAGAUCGUGGAACGAUGAGUUAUACACCAAGUUGCGGGGAUCGGGAGAUGAGGCCCUGCUCGACGGCUCGUAUCCUCCUUUAACAAGGCCAGCGGACCGAACAGCAGAACAGCUCUUUGGGAACAAGUGGCCCAGGGCAAGGGAGUUGAAGGAGACGUUCGAUCCAGAGAACGUGUACAAAUGGGCUGUUCCGAGAUUUGCGGCAUAA